GGGGCGGUAGGCCAGGGUCCCGGGAGCGGCGGGGGGCGAGGGGCGGGGACCGGCGGCUUCUAGGCGGCCUGCAGGGAGCAGCCGCGAGCCGGCCGAGCGCGCGGAGCUGGAGCCCCAGCCGGAGCGGGGCGGGGGAGGGAGGAGCCAGAGCGGCCGCCGCCUCUGCCGGAGGAGCCGCGGGGCCGCCACACUCGCCCCCCGCCCCCCCGCGCUCACUCGCACUCACACCCCGGCGCUGGAGGCGGGCGGCCCGGGCCCCACCGGCCCCCCAUGGACGCCCCCGGCACGGGGCGCUGAGACCCCCGCGUCCUUGCUCAGCUCGGUCCAGCGCGCCAAGCCGAGGUAUCUCCAGACAGGACAAGUCUCUGAAGACUUCCCAGCCCCUAACCCAGUACCAUUUACCAAGCCAGCUUGCCCCUAGCUCUCCCACCUGCCACUCCCCGGCCCCUCUAACCACCGGCCCUCCCGUUUUUUUGGGGCACAGGGCAUGGUGUGAAAGGCUGAGUACUGAGGGGGAUACUAUGGGUGCUGUCCCCUAGGGCCUGGGUGGCGGGGGGUGGGUGGCCUGUGGGCGUGGGGGGGGCAGUGUGCCCACCCCAGUCUCUUGGCGUGCUGGAGGGCAUCCUGGAUGGAAUUGAAGUGAAUGGAACAGAAGCCAAGCAAGGUGGAGUGUGGGUCAGACCCAGAGGAGAACAGUGCCAGGUCACCAGAUGGAAAGCGAAAAAGGAAGAACGGCCAAUGUCCCCUGAAAAGCAGCAUGUCAGGGUAUAUCCCUAGUUACCUGGACAAAGACGAGCAGUGUGUCGUGUGUGGGGACAAGGCCACCGGUUAUCACUACCGCUGUAUCACUUGUGAGGGCUGCAAGGGCUUCUUUCGCCGUACAAUCCAGAAGAACCUCCAUCCCACCUAUUCCUGCAAAUAUGACAGCUGCUGCGUCAUCGACAAGAUCACCCGGAAUCAGUGCCAGCUGUGCCGCUUCAAGAAGUGCAUCGCUGUGGGCAUGGCCAUGGACCUGGUUCUAGACGAUUCAAAGCGGGUGGCCAAACGCAAGCUGAUUGAGCAGAACCGGGAGAGGAGGCGAAAGGAGGAGAUGAUCCGCUCGCUGCAGCAACGACCAGAGCCCACUCCUGAAGAGUGGGAUCUGAUCCACGUUGCUACAGAGGCCCAUCGCAGCACCAAUGCCCAGGGCAGCCAUUGGAAACAGAGGCGAAAAUUCCUGCCGGAUGACAUUGGCCAGUCACCUAUUGUCUCCAUGCCGGACGGAGACAAGGUAGACCUAGAGGCCUUCAGCGAGUUUACCAAGAUCAUCACCCCGGCCAUCACCCGAGUGGUGGACUUUGCCAAAAAACUGCCCAUGUUCUCCGAGCUGCCUUGUGAAGACCAGAUCAUCCUCCUGAAGGGCUGCUGCAUGGAGAUCAUGUCCCUGCGGGCAGCUGUCCGCUAUGACCCUGAGAGCGACACCCUGACCCUGAGUGGGGAGAUGGCGGUUAAGCGGGAGCAGCUCAAGAAUGGUGGCUUGGGUGUAGUCUCCGACGCCAUCUUUGAACUGGGCAAGUCACUCUCUGCCUUUAACCUGGAUGACACGGAAGUGGCUCUGCUGCAGGCUGUGCUGUUAAUGUCAACAGACCGCUCCGGCCUGCUGUGUGUGGACAAGAUCGAGAAGAGUCAGGAGGCCUACCUGCUGGCGUUUGAGCACUACGUCAACCACCGCAAACACAACAUUCCGCACUUCUGGCCCAAGCUGCUGAUGAAGGUGACUGACCUCCGCAUGAUCGGGGCCUGCCACGCCAGCCGCUUCCUCCACAUGAAAGUCGAGUGCCCCACCGAACUCUUCCCCCCACUCUUCCUGGAGGUCUUUGAGGAUCAGGAAGUCUAAAGCCUCAGGCGGCCAGAGGGUGUGCGGAGCUGGUGGGGAGGAGCCUGGAGAGAAGGGACAAAGCCGGGGGCUGAGGGAGAACCCCCAUCUCUUCUCUCCUUCCUCCGUCCUUGGAUAGAUACAGCUCCCAUACACCCCUGCACCGCCCAGCCCCCUCAGAACCUCCAGCCCUUGGACAGGGCGACAAAUGAACUUGCUAUGAAAGGCCGUGUGGGAGGCUGGGACCCAAGUUCUAGAGUCUCUGGGACCCCAACCUCUAAGAAAGUAGGGGAAGGGAAGAAAGACUGAGAGGGACAAGCCAUCUUGACUGUAGGGUCAGGAGGAAUGAGGAAUAGGGGCAGGUGCCCUUACUCACCCCUACACACACACAGGAGAGCCCUGCCAAGUUCCUUGGCCUAGAUUUCCCUUCAGGCCACAGGUCUCUACUUCCCCAAAUACCUGGGUCCUGGGUGCAAAGGACAGCUUGGCUUGGCUUAGCUCCUCCCCUGGAGGCUAAAAAUGGUAGUCAUCCUAACUGCACUUUGGAAACCAAGAGAGAGGGGAGACUAUAAAUGAAGAAAAACUAGACAGAAAAAAA